AUUGGCUGCUUCGCUCCCCGGCUGUGGCAGCGCGCUGCUGGCGGGGGAGCAACGGGGCUCACUCGGCAGCGGCAGUGGAACCGGUGACGGCGACCAUUCUCCCUUCGUCUGGAGAAAUGUACGCAGUUUGAAGAGAGCCACUGCCGCAUCCCCGACACGACAACACCUUCAUUUCCCCCUGGGAAACCAUAACACGACAACGGGGGCACGUUUAACGGAGCGAUACGACGCAUUUCAACGGCGGGAAGCUUCUUCGUCAAAGACCCUCACGAGCUGGCGCCUGCCCGAUGUCAUCUGGCGCCCCGGUGUGAUGCGUCAUGGCCCCGUUGCCGACUGGCGUGUGGUGGGGGCCGGAGGCGGCCGCGGUCUGGCCGGGGGGCCGAGCGGCGGUCUGGCUGGGCGACGGCGGGGCUCCACCGCUCCUUACGGUUGCCUUCGCCGCCUUGGCCGUCUUACUACUGAUGUCCGUUUUGCUGCUGCUGUGUGCCGGAUGCCGCGGGCAGAAGAAAGCAGUCAAUGGGCAUCCAGCAGGAGACCGAGUCGACCUCAUGGAUGGAACAUCGGAUAAGGAGACCAUCAGCCAAUCGGCCGACAGUCCGGCAACAGACAUUUGUGUGAGCGGCUCGCACAACGGACCUCUGACCAGCGGUACGAUUCUCACAGAUACGCAAGCCAGCAGCCCCCAGCCGUCGGAAGACACGCCCACCGGCCAAUGGGAGCGCAGGUCCUCCAAGUGUCCGCAGGGGCGCGAGCUGCCAAGCAUCCCGCCCAGCGGCUCCUUGGUCAGGGGCGCCGCCCCGCCCACGUCGGCGGACGCCACCUACGAGAUGGUAAAAGAAAUAUCGACAGCGUCCCGCGACGUCAGCGUGGAGGAUUCGCUCUACGAGACUGUGAAGGAGCUCAAAGACCACCAGACGAAGCCGGUCCUCCCCAACGGUACCGCCGGCCAGUCGCCCACAGACGCCCCACCUCCUCCGCCACUGGUCAACGGCCACGUCCCGGCGGUCAGCCCCGGCACGCCCGAAUACGCCUCGGUGGACCGCAACAAGAAAAGCCGCUACAGUGCCGACUUGGAGGCCAAGCGGCGUUCCGGAGGCACAACUAAGACGGAACCCGAGGAUUUGCCGCCACCGCUACCGGAGAAAGUUCUGGAUGAAAACGAUAAUCAGCCCGCGCUGCUAAAUGGACACGCUGAGUCGCAUGAUGGGAAGUCUUGCGAGGACUCUGCUGCAGACCGAACAAGCUCGGACGAUGCUAACGUGGCCCGAGAGGACAAGGAGGACGACUACAGCAGCAUCGCCGAGCUCAAAGGAAUGAUCCCGACCGGGUCUUCCGGGGACCUGUACGCUAGCGUGAAGGACGUCUACGCCCAGCCGGCGGGGGACGCUAACCGGGACGCCGCCGACCCGGGCUACGAGAGCAUCCGCGUUCCAAAGACUGGGGACGAGGACCGCGAAAACGGUGCUCACGAAAACUCUGAACCCGACUACGAGAGUGUUGGGGAGUUGGGUCUGGGGCGGGAAAUGUCUCGUCUUUGAGCAACCAAUCGUUAUCAUACUCUUGUAGACACGUCGGCAUGUUUUGGUGCACUUCGUUGGUACUAAUUCCCACCUAUAUCACAUAUAUAGGAAGCUAGAUGCGAAAAGCCGGAGUCGGCGGUGUUAGUAACCGGCGGCCAUCUUAAAGCAGUGGACUUCUCUGGCGGGAUCUUUUGCCAGCGAACCUAAGGUGAGUGAUUGUCUCCACUCAAAUACUCCAAUUUCUGGAUUUUCAAUCGGUUUGUUAUAUUAAAAAAAAACAUAAACAUGGGUAUGAUUCAUAUAAUUUACUGCAUUUUUUUGUGUUUACAGUGCUGGCCAAAGUUUUGGCACCCCUGCAAUUCUGUCAGAUUCCAGAAAAUGAUUCCAAUCAAAAAUACUUUGGUAGCAAUAUCUUUAUUGAUUUUGCUUGGAAUGAAAAAAACACGAAAAAAAAACAAUCAUUAUCAUUUUAAAUAAAACUCCAAAAAUGGGCCAGACAAAAGUAUUGGCGCACUUUGAAAAAUCAUGCCUUUCUAAUUUGUGUAAUUAACAACACCUGUUACUUACCCGUGGCACAUAACAGGUGGUGGCAAUAUUUAAAUCACACUUGUAGCCAGUUAAAAUGGAUUAAAGUUGACUCAACCUGUGUCCUUGUGUGUACCACAUUGAGCAUAGAGAAAAGAAAGAAGACCAAAGAACUGUCUGAGGACUUGAGAAGCAAAAUUGUGAUGAAGCAUGGGCAAUCUCAAGGCUGUAAGUCCAUCUCCAAAGACCUGAAUGUUCCUGUGUCUACCGUGUGCAGUGUCACCAAUAAGUGUAAAGCCCAUGACACUGUGGCUAACCUCACUGGAUGUGGACGGAAAAGAAAAAUUGACGAGAGAUUU